UUUGAGGCUUGCCAAGAUUUAAAAGGUUCCUGCCUGGAGGAUUUGGUGAUCCCCUGCUACUAGACACGGAAGCCUGUUAAGCGAAAGCUUCUUCUAUUCCGUCCACAACCAUUUGAACCAUUUGUAAUCUAUCAAAGAUUUUUUCAUCCAUUCAGAUGGACCCUUCUGUCAUCGAAAAUUUUUGCAGUAUUACUGGGACGUCUGAAAUAGAAGCUAAACAUUUUUUAGAAGCUUUCGAUUGGAAUUGCGAUGAAGCAGUCAAAGCGUAUUUCGAUUCUGAGGAUGGUGUUCAUUCAAGCGAUGUUUCUCAUUUCAACCACGGUACUGAACCACCGAGUAAAAGCCACAAGGAGCCAUCAGUUUCCACAUUUAAUAAACCACCUCACCGCAAGCCUAAAAUAGCAACUUUGAGUACCCUGGAAAAUGAUAGUGAUGAUGAAUCAGAUAAGGGACAGGCAUUUUAUGUUGGAGGUUCGGAAACUGGAGGUGGUGGCCAACAAGUCCUUGGUCCUCCAAGACGUGAUGGUAAUAAGAGAACUCAUGACCCUUCCCAAACUCCCGACGUUUUCAUCCGUAAUCUUUUUCAAGCUGCUAGAGGUAAAGGAGCAGAAGUGUUGGAUACACAUCAAUACAAUGAAUACAAAAGUAAAUCAAAAAAGCAAUCGCCUUUUAGUGGAAUUGGCUACAAGCUUGGUGAUGAUCUUAGUGCUCCCCCCCAGGUUGAGGCAAAUACUGCGAGCGGUUCCAGUACAAACGAUGUCUCUGAAAAAAACGUUGUUGUAAAAAUGUGGCGUGACGGUUUUAGUUUAGACAGUGGGCCGUUACGUUCAUAUACUGAUCCAGAUGCUUCUGAAUUUUUGAAUGCAAUACAGAAUGGUCAAAUCCCUGAAGAACUUUUAAAAUCUGCUGGUGGAAAUAUGGUUAAUGUUAUGCUCGAAGAUCAUCACCAUGAAGCGUGGCAGGCUCCUUCUGCUCCUAAGAUCAUACCUUUUUCUGGCGUAGGACAAAUGCUUGGUUCUCCGCUUCCUCACUUAGUCUCAAGCGUUCCAACUAAAGUCAGUAUCAGUGAAAACCAUGAACCUGGUGUUACAGUAGACGAUACCAAACCGGUAACACAAAUUCAGAUCCGAUUACCUGAUGGAUCGAGAUUUGUGAUCCGUCUAAACAAUUUUCACACAAUUGGUGAUAUCAGAAGAGCAAUCAUAAGAUUUAUACUACUGAGAAUUUCAAACUGAAAGCGAAACACAUUUUCAAUCAUCCAUGGUUCUCGUUAAUUGGUUGGUUGAUUUAAACUAACAUCAAACUGAACAGUGUCAGAGUAAAGACUCAAAACCCUAAUAAUUACGAGUGUUGAGUACAGAUAUAUAUCUAUCUUUAAUGAUGUAAACAUAUUUGUGUGUUAAUGAAAGACCAGAUUUGGCUUCCAGAUUAUUUGCAUUGAUGACAUCCUAUCCGACCCGUGAGUUAAAUGAGGAUACACAAACACUAGAAGAUGGUGAUCUUCUGAAUUCAUCAAUAUUAGUUCGAUUUAUAUGAAUGAUACUUUAUUAUUGAUUGAAUUCACUGUUAAUACCAUCGCUAUUACUACUAUGACUACUAUUAGUAGAACAAUUAUCGAAUAUGAGCAGUUUUUGUUGUUUAUAAAAUGCAGAAAAUGAACAAAAUUAGAGUAUCUAAUAUAUUCUGUAAUUUUUCCAAUGGUACUCGUGGUUAGUACUUUAAUUGUUUUUUAAAUAUUUCAUUACUCAAUACACACAAUCUGUUUUUUUUUAUCAUCAAAUUUCUUGGUGAGAAUAUUCAAGGUAAAACCGUUUAUCUGUUGGUUUCGUUUCAUCAUUUUACGCAUGUAAAUGUUUUCUUUAAUCAACUGACUUUGACGACAAAUGUACACUGUUGUUAGUUUGAAGAUGAAUUGAUAACAAAUAAAGAAUACAUUUAUAUAUGCAUU